CAUCUUCUCGCUUUGCCUCGUUCACUACUGAGGGUUCUGUCAACGUAACCGGAGCCACCAGCCCCCGCCAGCCGUCCGACUAUGUUUCGACCCUCGUAUCCUUCAUAACUCCAAUACUGCGUAGGCCAUGAUCGCCUUCUGAAAAACUCUUUCGUACGUCGUCAGCUCUCCAUUAAACAUCGAAACCAUCCCCUUUAUCCCCCGGGCUUUCCUUUCAACGCAGUUGCAUACGACAUCUUCUCUUUCUCCUUCCCGACAUGAAGGUCCUCCCAUUCUUCUUCCUCCACUUCAACAGCCUCCCAUUCCUCCAGAUGGCCGCUCUCCGGCAUCAUCUCGAACUCUUCGUGCUCAUUCUCUGGGAAUCCCCUAUCAGAACACGGUCUUCGGCCGAAGGUCGAUAUACCACUGCACCUUUGUUCUUCUCCGAACGCAGCGACAUUUGCUUUACCUCCUCGAGGAUAGCGGUUUCAAUCGCCUCGUUGAUGUCAUUGCACUUGGAGUCGAAUUCUCCUAGGACGCCAUGGAUGUGGGCUUUACGAUCAUGGACCCUGAUAAUUAGUGGGCGGGCUGCCCGGCGGCUGCGGCGUUGGUGUGCUUUAGAGGGCAUAGUGAGCGGGGAAGAGGAUGCAAUCCCAAGACUGGGUACUGGGUACUGGGGAAACGAAUCUAUCUUCGACACCAUUGAUAUAUAUUACUCCGUGGUGACUCAUAGAGUUGAGGUAUGACUCGAAUACUCCAGGUGACAGCUUGACUCGCAUUCGGGCCCUGUCAUCGUCACACCCUUCAAGUUGUUAUCUUUUUCGUGUCUGUCCAACAAUCAGACUAGGUAAAAUCGGAAGCGAGGAUUAUACCUAGUCUCCCACGAUU